AUGCCCGACGCAGUCGACGACAAGAUCAACCCUGUCACCGUCUCGGCGGAAAGUGAGGCCCAAAUUGACGGGAAAACCCUCGCAAAAUCCAAAGUUGGCGAUGUUCUCCAGUCACAGGGUGUCACUCGCAUGGAGGCUAUCUACCGCGAGGCCAAGAUAAAUCGUACAUCGCUGUGGCUGGUCUCCAUCUCGGUAUUGGUCUGCGCGUGGGCCUACUCACUCGAUUCAUCGACAACAUCCUACUAUUCACUCGAGGCCUCCUCAUACUUUAGGCAGCAUAGUUCCAUCCUGUCGACCCUUUCCAUCGCUACAAGCAUAAUCAGCGCAGUGAGCAAGCCUUUCAUUGCUAAGAUCUCCGACAUCACAUCACGCCCAUAUACAUAUCUCCUGGUGCUCGCGUUUUACGUGAUUGGGUACAUAAUCGUUGCCUCGUGCCAAACAAUAUCCGCCUAUAUCGUCGGUGAGGUUUUCGUCGCAAUCGGUAGCUCCGGUCUGGACUUGACCAAUGAUAUAAUUGUUGCCGAUCUUACUCCCCUGGAAUGGCGUGGCUUCACCAGCUCCCUCCUGUCUACUCCAUUUAUCGUCAAUACCUGGUUUUCUGGAAAGAUUGUCCAGGCAAUCGACAGCCGGAAUCAGUGGCGCUGGGGGUACGGAAUGUUUGCCAUCAUAAUGCCUGUCGCUUUAGGGCCGGCCAUUGCCGUUCUCAUUUGGCUAGACCGCAAGGCUAAGAAGCAUGGUAUUGUCAAUAUCGCAUCUUCAAACGCCAAUCGCCGUGAUGCUAGAGAAUUGGUAGAGAAAGAAGGCCAUGGAGUCCCCCGCGGCGCAAUCAUUGCACCGGCCGUCAAGCCGUCACAGACUUGGAUGGAAGUAUUCAAGAACAACCUUGAAGAGAUUGACGCCUUUGGCCUCGUUCUCCUGGGGUUCGGAUGGUCUUUGCUUCUCCUCCCAUUCUCUUUGAAGACUUAUGCCGAUGGAGGAUGGAAGAACCCUUCGAUGAUCGCAAUGAUGGUUGUGGGGGGGCAUUUUACUCAUCGCCUACGUGGUAUACGAGAUCUUAUGGGCCCGAGUCCCGAGCGCCCCUCGUCGACUGUUGCCGGGAAUUUGCGCGGUCUAUACUGGAGCUCCUAUGUCUACAUCGCCAAACCAUGGAGCUACCAAGAUUGGGUUUACUAUGGAAAUACGCUAACCCUCGCACUUUGUAUUGCAGGACCCCUCGUCGGGCUCCUGCAACGUUGGACCCACAGAUACAAAGCGAUCCAGAUUGUUGGUCUCUGUAUCAAGAUUAUCGGCAUGGGAAUUAUGUUGCAAGGAGACAUGGCAACUGACAACACAGCAGCCAUGGUUCUUUCCAUGAUUCUGAUCGGAUUUGGUGGCUCAAUGUCUGUCGUUGGAUCGCGUGUCGCCUCUGAAGCAUCAGUUCCUCACCAGGAUGUCGCGCUCGUGAUUUCUCUCCUCUCCCUCUGGUCGAAAAUUGGCAGCGCUAUUGGAUCCGCCAUUGUCGUCGUUAUUUGGUCAAGCCAGAUGCCAAACCAACUACGGACACACCUCCCGGAAACCGCGACAGAGGCCGAUGUGAAGAAGCUGUUUGGCCAGGUCACUAUGAUUAGAAGCUAUGACUUCGAUGAUCCGAUGCGGGUCGGUGCUAUUGUGGCCUACCGCCGUGCAUUAUAUUAUUGUAUUGCACCAGCUCUUGGAAUUGCAUUUAUUCCACUAAUCGCAGCGUUCUUCCAGAAUAAUUACUUCCUAGGGAAGACGCAGAAUGCUGUGACCAAUCUUGGAAAUGAUGGAUUGCCUAUUGUGAAUGACGGGAAUAAUGAGAAAGAUCCGGUUUCAAAGACAAAGAAAGAAGCCUUCCUGCGAUUCUGGGCUGGGAGAUAG